AUGAGGAAGGAUCCUCAUAAGAGACUUCAAUCCCUACAGCAGUGCCAUAUUUCUUUUUCAGUGUCUGGAAAUAUUGCUAUUAUUGCUAGGUUUGUUUGCUCCAUCCUCCUCCCCUGCUGUUCUCUCUCCCAUGGAAGUUGCAGGAACCCCUGUCCUAUAAUGCCAUCUAUCCAGCUGCCACUGCUACUCCUCUGCCUGACCUUGUGUGGUGUUUGCCUCAAUGAGGGGCAGCCCCUUCCAGAGGGAAGUGAGAACAUGGGAAGCAGUCCCCUGGAUGACAUCCUGCAGAGAUCUGAAAACCUCCUUCUUCAGUCUGUCCUCAAGAAAGCUGAAAAGGAAGAAGAGAUGAAUAAAGAAUCCAAUGCCCCUCUGCCAGAAUGGCUUUCCAAAAGACAACACCCUGGGAAAAAAUACUUAAGUGACCUGCAGAAGAGACAGCAUCCUGGAAAAAGAGAUGUUGAGGAAGAUACAUCUUACGGACACAUUUUGAAGAGGCAGCAUCCAGGGAAAAGAGAGAUAGAAGACAACAUUGAUGGCUAUCUGGAGCUGAAAAAGCGACAACAUCCUGGCAGAAGGUCAUUGUUGGAUCAGCAUGCUGACAUCCCGAGUACACAGCUAACCUACUUGAAUGAGCUAUCCAAAAGACAGCAUCCAGGCAGAAGGUAUCUGAUGUACAAGCACCAGCAUCCUAACAAAAGAGGCUGGAACGAUGAGGUAGACCUAAAUGACCAAUAUGGUGAGAAACACCAGCACCCUGGAAAAAGGCACUGGAAUUCUGACAGCCCAGAUGAUGCAGGCCUGUCCAACUUUCAGGAGUCCUUCACCUGUAACAAAGGCAGCUUGUUGCUUGAUUUAGUAGAAAAUGUUAGCAAAGACAGGGUAGAAAAAAACCGUCAGCACCCAGGAAAGAGAUCAGCAUGGGAGAGUGAAACAGAGGAAUGA